AUGGCCCUAACACUACCAUUGGAGCUGCAGCAGCAGAUCUUCUCGUACCUGGAUCCUUGGUCAUUCUAUGCAUCACGCAAUGUGUGUCGGUACUGGAAGCAUGCCUCCAGAGAUGCCGUCACUCUCGCCAAUCAACUAGGACAACUGCCCAUCGAGCCGACGACAUGGGCCAAGAAGGCAGACUCGAAACGAAGAGAAUCUGUCUACGAUGAGGCGGCAAGAGCGUUGAUGCUGGGCAUGCGCGUCAAGGCUUCGACUUCAUCUGACGCCAGCCUGUCAGCAAGACUCGACAAGAGCAAGCUUGCUCUCUCCAAGGACGGCAAGCGAGCAGUCUCGCUACACGACCGCACCAUCACACACUACGACACAACCACCUCCGAACCUACCAUCAUCUCCACACGCCCUAUCAACGACCUCCGCACAGCAAUCGGUGGAGGUCCAUGGUUCAAGUGCUCACCGACGUCCAUGUACGAGCUGGCUCUCUCUUCCGACGGGCGCAUGCUGGCCAUCGCCCUGGAACGCACCGUCCAAAUCUAUGAUCUGGCUACACCCGCCGACUCGUGGCCUGUGGCCUCAUACAUCACCUCGGCCACUGGCCACUACAUCGCUGCUCUCGACUUCGAACACAACGACAGUCUGCUACGAGUACAGCUAAGCAACAAGGGCGUUGUCGUCUAUCUCGGCUCGCCGAAAGAGGGCAAGCCUGGCUUAGAGCACUGGCAAGACAAGGGUGGUUUGAAGCACGCCUUCCUUGAUGCUAGCAAGCUCUCUUUGCCGCCGACAGAGCCUGUCGACGGCGCUCCCGCUGUGUCACAACGCUUCGCUGGCCUUCAGCUCUUGCGUCCGUUUGCUAAUGGCUGGCUUGCAGCUGCUCAGAAGCAUGCCACAAAUGUCCAGUCUGGCUCGUACUGUCUGGCCUAUGUUCCUUUCAGUGAAGUCCACGGCCACGUCCUUACCGCUGAGCGUGCUGUCACUGUUCUUGAGGAUCUUCCUGUCCACCUUUCCGAGGACAUCCAGCACUUGUGGCAUGAUUUGCCUUCUGCCCACAUCAACCACCCCCAUUUCGCCUUGUCGCCCAACAACUCCCUGUUGGCCAUGUCCGAGAACGACUCGUCCUCGACUCUCACAUCUCCUUCGACAAACCGCGUUUUCCUCUACCGAUUGCCAUCUGCCGAGAAGCUGAUGGAGGUCCUCAAGCCACAACAUCCUCUUCUNAAAAAGCUCGAGGCUGAGCAGGAAUUCAAAUACCAGAUCAAGCGUCUUCCCACCAGCCUUGGCUCAAUAUCUGGCAAAGUUCUCGACUUCACUUUCGAGUCUGUUGGCAGCGGUGCCAACUCUCCUCUCACUGUCACCGCUGUUACUGACUCUGGCGCCAUGACUUGGACGUUGCUGGACAACUGA